GUGAAUUGCAGUAGGCUACUGUACACUCGGGGCGGAUUUUGACCUCGCUACUCUCGAAGCAUCACUAAUCUGCGGAUGACAUUCAUGCAUAGACCACUACUGGAUUUAUUUCCAGAAAUUAUUUCCGCUAUUGAACCGAAAACGUAAAAACAGCAAGGACAUUAUCAGGCUAGAAUAAGACAAUAGACAAAACGUAUUCGGGUAUGACGGUUAAAAUGCCGGUUGGCAUUGUAUCACUGCACUGGCGUUGCAAUUUAUUGUAGCUAUGCAGACCUUAAUACUGCAUUUGCCCACAGAUUCCAUCCACCAGUACUGCCUGACAUUAUCCACGAGCGAGUCCGGGUAGUCUAUUGCAGUAAUUUUUGCUUCAACGGUUUGUAGGUGACAACUUGUGGGAAUCUAAUGUUGACAGCCUAGCUGUUUUGGGAGAUAUUUUAUAUCGGCCAAAUAUUAUCGACGAGAUACAACUUGGUCCCAUUGUCAUUCAAUGUCCAAUAGUGCCAUUCAAAAGCUUCCCUAUGGAUGAGCCUGGGAAUGACUUCAAUGGAUCUUUUUGGAAGUGCGAGGCAGGGAUGUCAUGGAUUGGUCCCAUGGCUUGCUAGCUCCCUCUUCCCAGUAUGUCCAGCUUUGGCAAACCUCCCCCACUCUCCGGAGAAGUGGCAGCCUCUAACUCUCUGGCAUGGGUCAAGCUCUUCAAAAAGCCUGGAGCUGUUGGUGGUGGUGGGGGUCUGGGGAAAUCCUAUCAGCCUGGGAGCAUGUUGUCUCUGGCUCUAACCAAAGGCCUGCUGAACGAACCAGGCCAGAAUAGCUGCUUCCUCAACAGUGCCGUACAGGUGUUAUGGCAGUUGGACAUUUUCAGGAGGAGUUUGAGACAGCUUCCUGGUCAUUUUUGUCUAGGGGAUGCCUGCAUUUUUUGCGCUUUAAAGAGUAUUUUCAGCCAGUUCCAGGAAAGCCAAGAGCGAGCAUUGCCUUCGGAUAGCCUGCGUCACGCCCUCGCAGAAACCUUUAAGGACGAGCAGCGUUUCCAACUUGGCCACAUGGACGACGCUGCAGAGUGCUUUGAGAACAUUCUGGAGAGGAUUCACCUGCACAUAGUUUCUGACACGGCAAAUGAGACCUGCACAUCCAAGUCCUGCAUUACCCACCAGAAGUUUGCCAUGAUACUUUAUGAACAGUUUGUAUGUCGUAGUUGUGGCGCCUCCUCGGACCCCCUUCCUUUCACAGAGCUAGUGCAUUAUGUCUCCACCACAGCCCUAUGCCAACAGGUGGACCGCGUCUUGGGGCAGAACGACAGGAUUCGGUCGGACAUGUUCGGGGAAUUGCUGCAGGCGGCAAACACCAUCGAUGACCUACGUAACUGUCCGAGCAACUGUGGCCAGAGCAUCAAGAUCCGUCGGGUUCUCAUGAACCGCCCAGAGAUCGUCACCAUUGGCUUUGUGUGGGACGCAGAGCAGUCUGACCUUACAGAGGACGUGGUGAGGUCACUGGGUCCACAUCUCAACCUCUCGGGGCUGUUCAACCGGGUCACUGAUGAGAACGCCAAAAGGAGUGAGUUACAUCUCGUGGGAAUGAUUUGUUUCUCCAGCAAACAUUACUCUGCGUUCGCUUAUCACAGCAAGUCCUCAAAAUGGAUAUUUUUUGAUGACGCCACCGUGAAAGAGAUCGGAUCCAAGUGGAAAGACGUGGCCUCUAAAUGCAUCCGGGGACAUUUCCAGCCACUGCUCCUGUUCUACACUAACCUGGAGGGGACCCCAGUCUCCAGCGAGGAUGCGCCAAGACAAACGAUUAUGUGUCCCCGCUUCAAAGCCCACGCCAACGGGGAAGUGCCAGCAGGGAUGAAGAAGUUGGAUGCCAUCCGGGAGAAUGCAGGCCCAUUCCGCUCCAACCAGGGGCCCUAUAAGCAGAUGCUAUUUCCACCCUCCACCUCAGGCUACAAAAGAGUGAAAGGCCCACCUUGUAGUCCCAACAAAUCCCGGGUUCCUUCCAAGGAGACUUCCCAGAGGGUUGUAGAGGGGAUAAAGAAGGAGGCCGAAAGAGGGCGUCGAAAACCAGAUCCACACAAAGAUAUGUCCUAUGCCAGAUCCCCGCCUGAGGGCGGGCUGAGGCAGCACGCUGACCAGAGGUUGCGAGGCGGCAGUGGAGCCCGGGCCGACAAGUUGUCAUCCUCCCACCAGAGCAGAGCUUCCCAGGACCCAGACCCACGCUCUCAAUCCGGUGCCCUUGGUGGACACAGUUGGAGACAGGAAACCUCCCCUGGUCACCAAGAACACGACAGCAGCCAGGACGCGUGGGAUAAGGGCAGCAGGUUGGGAGCGGGCCAUAACAAAGCCAAACCCUCCUGGAGGCCAAUCCGGGAAGUUCUGAAUGUGGACAGUGUCUUGAACGACCUUGAACGGCGACAACAACAGCAGCACUAUGGUGGUGGUGGUAGCCCCCGGCUCGCUAAAACCUCCUAUCAGGAGAUCCCGCAUGGCAGCGAACAGGACAACCGGGACUGGGAAACAGAGCGGGAAAAGGAUAAAGAGCGGGAACGGGACCGUCUCAGGAUGAGGGAAGAGUGCAAGCAGCAGAAGUGCUUGAUGACAAUUUACGAGGACGAGCAGCGGCAGGAGACAGAGAGCCACAGCUCCCUCGAAUCGGAGGGCAGGGCAAGUGGGCACGGCGACCAGGGCGGUGGAGGGGAUGGAAGCAGCGGGAGUAGGGCCAAGGGCAGGGCCAAAGCCCUGUUGCGCAGCGACACCUGGACCAUCCAGAGAACUGAGUCGGGAUACGAGAGCAGCGACCGGCUGAGCAGCGGCUCCACCAACCCUGACUCGCCAGGGGUGGACAGCUUUGCCGGGAAGGAGCAGCGGUUGACACCAGAGGUGCAGUCUCAGAGGGGUCAGCUUCACCCAAACAGGUGCGAUUCAAAACCUGAUGCGAUACGCUCCCCUUUGCAUCCAGGUAAACAUCAACUGACAACUCAGGGAAAGAAUUGUGACCAUCAAGUUUCACAUCUCCUGAAAAGUAGUCCAAGUUCAAGACAGAAAUGUAGAUACAGCCCCUGUAGUUCUAAGAAAGGAGCUGGUCUAGAGAGGGACGCUAGCUCCUCAGACAACAGGAGCAGUCACAUGAUGGAAUCGCCAGAGAUGAGUAACAACAACAGAGGUGGUCACCAUGGCGAUAGCCCCGCCCUGCGGCGCUUGGGUGAACCCAGCAGCUCGGAGUGGAACAGCUCCGACAACCUGACUGGGAAUCUCUCAGAACCAGAGGACAGUGCCUACCGCUCCAACAACAGCAAGCCCCUUCUGUCCGAGUUGCCCUGUCCCCCCCACCACCUGGCCUUCCACCAACCCCCCCUUAUCGAACUGGAAGAGCCCUCAUCCCAACAUCAGCCCAUCACGCCACCACUGCCUCACCCCAAAGCCGCCCAGCGAGCUUCCCCUCACCAGGGGGAUGUUGGCCGCCACUGCUUCCAUCCCAGGCUACUCCAGGAGCCCUCCCAGACCAGCCCCCGGCCCAGCGUCCGGCCCACCUCGGCCUCACAUACCCCCAGCCCCAACCGGAGGUCGGAAUCCAAUGGCCCUCUGCAGAUGCCCUCGUCGGGUGCCAGCUCCAAGUCGGGCUCGGACCCAGAGAGGAGUAACCCGUCGUCGGGCGAAAGUGAGGAGAGGCUGCCCAUCUGCAGGCCACCUGGAGCCGAGUCAGCGGCAGCCCAAGGGGUUUCCCUCACCACGUACUUCAGCGUGGACAAUUGCAUGACGGACACAUACAGACUUAAGUACCAUCACCAGCGACCCCUCCUACUCUCGGCUAUCGUGCCGCGAGCACCGACGGAGCCCCGAGAACAUCCCAGCCACCACCUGCACCCCGCAAACACACACUCCAUGCUAGACCCACCCAAAACCCGACCUGAUGCAGGCCAUAACAGCAAUAAGCCCACUGCAAAAUGGAACCCAGUGACAGCCAAAGCACUGGAUGAGCGUGGCUAUUUGUGAUGGUAUUACCUGGUCUGAUGUCCAUGGAAAAUAAUCUAUUGAACUGGAUGCCAAAGAGUCUGCUGACUGGAAAGGUGUUGCUCCUAGAACUUCAAUUGAAAUCAGUGUCAAAUGCCAAAUCACUGAUGCACUGUGGGUUACAGAAGUACUUAUAUGUAUUUUGAAGUAAGAUACAGUUUGAUAGUCCACUGUCAGAGAGAAAAAUGUUUAUGUAUGUUGAUAGAUGAGUUGGAAGUUGGAAAGGGCAGUCCAAGGCAUAUUACAGUCAAAUAUAAUGAUAACCUGUUGAAUAUACACUUGCUACAGUGUGACAUUGACCUCUGGGAUCAAGAGGUGUAUCUUUUGGUUUAAGGUAAUGUGCAUCCCUGAUUGUGUGGCCAACACAAAUUUUAUUUCCGAAUAUGAGCACCAAAUUCAGCAAUCUCAGAAUACAAACACUAACAUUGUGUUUGCAUACUUGUUAUCCUGCUGAAUAGACAACUGUUACAAUGUUAGCCAACCUGCAUGAGGACUUAUAAAGAGGUAACAAUAGUGAUGUGUACAGUAUGAGCAUGCGCAUGGCAUACUUUACAUUUGUAUCCAACCGACAUCCAAAUUCCAAUUGGUUUAUGUUAUUGGGUCUACUUCAAUUAUAUCUUCAAUUUUUUGGGGACCUGCCUCAAUUUUUCCACGUACAGUACCAUGCAUGUACUUUAUAGGCCAUGAGAGACAUAAAAAGUAUAUGCAUGGAGAGACAUUUAUUUCAACCACUGCUAACUUGACCAACUUUAGCCACUGCCAACCAAAAAGUAAAAGGAAUGAUAGGGGAAAGCUCACUAUGUUCAGAAUCUGUGGCAAAAUCACCUCUAAGUAAUCAAUCAAUCAAUUAUCCACUGCUCUAAAAAAUUAAGGGAACACUUAAACAACACAAUGUAACUCCAAGUCAAUCAAACUUCUGUGAAAUCAAACUGUCCACUUAGGAAGCAACACUGAUUGACAAUAAAUUUCACAUGCUGUUGUGCAAAUGGAAUAGACAACAGGUGUGAAUUAUAGGCAAUUAGCAAGACACCCCCAAUAAAGGAGUGGUUCUGCAGGUGGUGACCACAGACCACUUCUCAGUUCCUAUGCUUCCUGGCUGAUGUUUUGGUCACUUUUGAAUGGUGGCGGUGCUUUCACUCUAGUGGUAGCAUGAGACGGAGUCUACAACCCACACAAGUGGCUCAGGUAGUGCAGCUCAUCCAGGAUGGCAAUGCGAGCUGUGGCAAGAAGGUUUGCUGGGUCUGUCAGCGUAGUGUCCAGAGCAUGGAGGCACUACCAGGGGACAAGCCAGUACAUCAGGAGACAUGGAGGAGGCCGUAGGAGGGCAACAACCCAGCAGCAGGACCGCUACCUCCGCCUUUGUGCAAGGAGGAGCAGGAGGAGCACUGCCAGAGCCCUGCAAAAUGACCUCCAGCAGGCCACAAAUGUGCAUGUGUCUGCUCAUAUGAUCAGAAACAGACUCCAUGAGGGUGGUAUGAGGGCCCAACGUCCACAGGUGGCGGGUUGUGCUUACAGCCCAACACCGUGCAGGACGUUUGGCAUUUGCCAGAGAACACCAAGAUUGGCAAAUUCGCCACUAGCGCCCUGUGCUCUUCACAGAUGAAAGCAGGUUCACACUGAGCACAUGUGACAGAGUCUGGAGACGCCGUGGAGAACGUUUUGCUGCCUGCAACAUCCUCCAGCAUGACUGGUUUGGUGGUGGGUCAGUCAUGGUGUGGGGUGGCAUUUCAUUGGGGGGCCGCACAGCCCUCCAUGUGCUCGCCAGAGGUAGCCUGACUGCCAUUAGGUACCGAGAUGAGAUCCCUUGUGAGACCAUAUGCUGGUGCGGUUGGCCCUGGGUUCCUCCUAAUGCAAGACAAUGCUAGACCUCAUGUGGCUGGAGUGUGUCAGCAGUUCCUGCAAGAGGAAGGCAUUGAUGCUAUGGACUGGCCCGCCCGUUCCCCAGACCUGAAUCCAAUUGAGCACAUCUGGGACAUCAUGUCUCGCUCCAUCCAACAACGCCACAUUGCACCACAGACUGUCCAGGAGUUGGCGGAUGCUUUAGUCCAGGUCUGGGAGGAGAUCCCUCAGGAGACCAUCCGCCACCUCAUCAGGAGCAUGCCCAGGCGUUGUAGGGAGGUCAUACAGGCACGUGGAGGCCACACACACUACUGAGCCUCAUUUUGACUUGUUUUAAGGACAUUACAUCAAAGUUGGAUCAGCCUGUAGUGUGGUUCUCCACUUUAAUCAUUUUUGUUUGAUUUUGUUGUCAGCACAUUCAACUAUGUAAAGAAAAAAAGUAUUUAAUAAGAAUAUUUCAUUCAUUCAGAUCUAGGAUGUGUUAUUUUAGUGUUCCCUUUAUUUUUUUGAGCAGUGUAUUUAUAAAGCCCUUUUUACAUCAGCAGAUGUCACAAAGUGUGUAUACAGAACCCCAGCCUAAAACCCCAAAAGCAAGCAAUGCUGAUGUAAAAGCAUGAACCUAGGAAGAAACAUAGAGAGGAACCAGGCUUUGAGGGGUGGCCAGUGCUCUUCUGAAUGUGCCGGGUGGAGAUUAUAAGAAUACAUGGCCGUUAAGGCCAGAUUGUUCUUCAAGAUGUUAAAAAGUUCAUAGAUAACCAGCAGGGUCAAAAAUUAAUCACAGUGAUUAUAGAGGAUGCAACAGGUCAGCACCUCAGGAGUAAAUGUCAGUUGGCUUUUCAUGCCCGAGCAUUCACAGGUCGAGAUUGUUGAAAGAGUAGAUCCGGCAUAAGGUAACCGGUUCGGUAAACAGGUCAGGGUUCCAGGCAGAACAGCAGAAACUUGAUCAGCAGCACAACCAGGUGGACUGGGGAUGGGGACAGCCAGGAGUCGCCAGGUCAGUUAGUUCUGAGGCAUGGUCCUAGGGCUCAGGUUCUCUGGGAGGGGAGAAAGCGAGAGAGAGAUUGGAGAAUUAGAGGGAGCAUACUUAAAAUCACACAGGACACCUGAUAAGACAGGAGAAUUACACCAGAUAGGACAGACUGACCCUAGCCCCCGGCACAUAGACUAUUGCAGCAUAGAUACUGGAGACUGAGACGGGGGGGUCGGGGGACACUGUGGCCCUAUCCGACGAUACCCCCGGACAGGGCCAACGAGGCAGGAUAUAACCCCACCCACUUUACCAAAGCCCCCACACCACCAGAGGGAUAUAAACAAACCACUGACUUUCUACCCUGAGACAAGGCGGAGUAUAGCCCAAAAAUAUCCCCCCCCCCCCCCCCCCCCCGCACGAGCCCAAGGGGUGCAAAAACGGACACAAAGAUGACGUCGAGUAUAGUGAAAAAAGCUAGACCCCUCCUAGGGACGGCAUGGGAAGUCAGUGACUUAGCCCCAGUAAUUGGGUCAAAGAGAAUACCAGUGGAGAGAGGGAACCAGCCAGGCAAAGACAACAAAGGUGGUUUGUCACUCCAGUGCCUUGCCAUUCACCUUCACACCACUGAUUUGAAGGUAUUUGAGUUGAUUUUGUCGUGCAAUGUUGAACAUGGUGAGCUUGCCCCUAUCACUUCCAUUGUUAGUAGUGGCUAUUUAAACAAAUCAAAGCUGUGGGUGACAGUUUAUCUGGCUCUGUAGACUACUUUCAGAGUAAGUGGAAUAAAUAGAGUCUGAAAACAGUGAAAAUAACCUUUAAGUUGUCAUUAUUAUUAUUUUUUUAUUCAGUGAAGAUAACGGUAGGGAUUCAAUAUGAUCACGGGUUAUAGAUAUUGUAGCUUUUAAAGGCAAUGUUCCCCACAUUCACGGAGAUCCUAUUCACGGUAAGUGCUGAUAAUGUUGUCUCAAUCUGAAAAUUAUCAGUGUCCCAAGGUGUGGAAUACUAAUGUAUGCAAGCAUGAUGGUGUCAAUAUGUUUUUGUCAAUGCCUAUAACCUGCGAUCAGAUUCAUUCCGGGCCAAGGUGUGGGACACUAUGCGAGCAUGAUUGUGUCAAUAUGUUUUUGUCAAUGACACCCAUAGUGUUGCAAUUUAAGGUGCAAUUUAUUACAAUUUUGAUAAAGAUGAUAGCAAGUUGUCCUCUAGAUGUUUUUGAAUGAAGCCAAACAAAUAUCAUUCACAUUAGAAUUCAUUUUAUACCGUUUUCAUUGUAUAAGUCGGGUCAUUUCCUGUCAAAAACUAGGAACCAUAACUUCUACUUAUUUUCAUGUUUUUAUUUAUUUACAUACAUCAUUUUGAUAUUUCACAUUGUGAUUGGAAAAUAGGAACAUUUUUUAAAAAGUCAGUUAAGAACAAAUUCAGCCUACUGGAGAACAGUGGGUUAACUGCCUUGUACAGGGGCAGAAUGACAGAUUUGUACCUUGUCAGCUCGGGGACUCGAUCCAGCAACCUUUUGGUUACUGGACCAAUGCUCUAACCACUAGGCUACCCGCCUACGUAUUAGGUAAAUGGCUUCAGUUUUGGUGAUAAAAGGCCCAGUGUAGUCUAGAUUUUUCCUGUGUUCUAUAUAUAUUUCCAAACUAUGAGGUUGGAAUAAUACUGUAAAAUUGUGAUAAUUGUAGUGUAAGAGCUGUUUUGAGCUGUUUGAAAUUUCUCAAAGUUUUGGUGAGAGGGAGUUUUGGCCUUCCAUGGUGACGUCCCCAUGCGGUAAAUUAGUUUUUAGACCAAUAAGAAAGAGAGUUCCAAAUCUCUAUGCCAUUAACAGCAGAAACAUCAUUUUGUAGUUUUCCCCUCCCCAGUCAAACACUUCCAGACAGUCCUAGGAAAUUUCUUGCUUGAGAAAUUACUAUAUCCUAACAAGCUAUUUUUGUUUCUUUUUGACCAUUUUAAUUGAGAACAAUCACAGAAACUAGUUGAUAUUGAGUGGCUGCAUUGAACCUUUAACACUUCAUAGUUUAACACUUUAUGGGUGACAUUGUCUUCUCACAGAGUGACACUUUUGCUUAUUUUAUAUAGGUGGGAUGGUACUUUAUCCAUGGGGAUUUCUGAACACUGCAGCUCAUGAUUUAUGUUGCAAUUUUGCAGCAUUUGGACAUUGCCUUGGAUCACUUGCCAUUACAUAUUGAAAAUGUUAUAGGUCGUUUGCUCAAGCAGGCUUCUUUGUGAGAGGAAAAUGGCACAUUCCAGAUAUCUCAACUCCAUUGCCUGUUAUAAAAAAAAAUUGCAACAGAGCUACAUCGUGGUUUUAUGGUAUUUAAGUCAUCAAUGGACAAAACCACUUGCGGUUAACUGGGGAUACGUACAGUGCCUUGCAAAAGCAUUCAUCCCCUUGGCGUUUUUCCUAUUUUGUUGCAUAACAAACUAUAAUUUAAAUAUAUUUUUAUUUGUAUUUCAUGUAAUGGACAUACACAAAAUAGUUCAAAUUGGUGAAGUGAAAUGAAAAUAAUUACUUGUUUCAAAAAAUAAAAAAACGGAAAAGUGGUGCGUGCGUAUGUAUUCACCCCCUUUGCUAUGAAGCUCCUAAAUAAGAUCUGGUGCAACCAAUUACCUUCAGAAGUCACAUAAUUAGUUAAACUGUCUACAGGUGAACUUUAUUUAAGUGCCACAUGAUCUGUCGCAUGAUCUCAGUGUGUAUAUAUAUAUAUAUAUUUCUACGCCUGUUCUGAAAGGCCCCAGAGUUCGCAACACCACUAAGCAAGGGGCACCACCAAGCAAGCAGCACCAUAAAGACCAAGGAGCUCUCCAAACAGGUUAGGGACAACAUUGUGGAGAAGUGCAGAUCAGGGUUGGGUUAUAAAAAAAUAUACGAAACAUUGAACAUCCCACGGAGCACCAUUAAAUUCAUUAUUAAAAAUUGGAAAGAUUAUGGCACCACAACAAACCUGCCAAGAGGACCGCCCACAAAAAUCAUGGGCCAGGCAAGGAGAGCAUUUGUCAGAGAGGCAACAAAGAGACCAAAGAUAACCCAGAAGGAACUGCAAAGCUCCACAGGGGAGAUUGGAGUAUCUGUCCAUAGGACCACUUUAAGCCGUACACUCCACAGGGCUGGGCUUUACGAAAGAGUGGCCAGAAGAAGAAAAAGCCAUUAAAGAAAAAAAUAAGCAAACACAUUUGGUGUUCGCCAAAAGGCAUGUGGGAGACUCCCCGAACACAUGGAAGAAGGUACGCUGGUCAGAUGAGACUAAAACUAAGCUUUUUGGCCAUCAAGGAAAACGCUAUGUCUGGCACAAACCCAACACCUCUCAUCACCCCGAGAAUCCUAUCCCCACAGUGAAGCAUGGUGGUGGCAGCAUCAUGCUGUGGGGAUGUUUUUCAUCGGCAGGAACUGGGAAACUGGUCAGAAUUGAAGGAAUGAUGGAUGGCGCUAAAUACAGGGAAAUUCUUGAGAGAAACCUGUCUCAGUCCUCCAGAGAUUUGAGACAGGGACGGAGGUUCAACUUUUUUUUUCACCCCCCCAAAGAAUUGACUUUGGGGAGGUGAAUAGUUAUGCUCACUCAAGUUUUCAAUUUUUCUGUCUCAUUUCGUGUUUGUUUCACAAUAACAAAUAUGUUGUAUUUUCAAAGUGGUAGGCAUGUUGUGUAAAUUAAAUGAUAACCCCCCCCCCAAAAAAAAAUAUUAACAUAAUGAUUUAUUUUAAUUGCAAUGUUCCUCUAUCCAUUUGCAAUAUGUGCAAAGAACAUAUACAGCAAUUGCAUGGUUGGGCAGAAGCAUUAACAAAACUUGAGUCUGAAUCUUGCCCCAUGUCCCAGAGUACCCUGGUACUUUCAGAAAAAUAAUUUACAGGGAUAGUAAUUACAAAAUUACAUGUUGGUCUAUGCAGUCUAUGGACAAGGUAAGACAGCAAUCCAUGCUUUGGUUUUGUUUAACUGGCCACUGUCUCCAAACUUUUUAGCAUGUAUGGCACAAAUUCAAUGCAAGUCAAUAUUCUUGAUAUUAGAAUUGUUCACGUUUCAGGUCCUACAUGUUGACUCAUCGGCAUAAAAUGUAGUGCAGCGUCUAUGGGCAAAAAUCUUAACGAGAAAAAAGCUAUUGAAUACUUAGCAUCUUGGCUGUCAUUUUUCAGUUAGCAAAACAACAUUUAUUUUUCUUUCUGGAUUAUGCUAUUUAUUUGACUCAUAAUCCAAUUGUGUACUGUCAUUUAAAUGCAUGCUGCUUUGAAAUUCACGGUUUUGCCAUUACUUCUAGUAAAAUAAACAUUUUGUAAUGGUAAAAUGAUUAUUGACAUUUUUGCUUUCAAAUAAUUUGGGGUAAGACUCAACAAACUGGGACCUUCCAAUAAAACGUCAUAGUAUUUGUUCACUAAUGUUCCUGGGCUGUUGAAAUACUGUAUGAAUCCCCAUUUAUAUUUUUGAAUGUAGCUCAACAUGAAAAUGUGUCCCCAGUUCUCACUGGUAGUGUUUUUAUUUGCUUGUUGUAAAGUUGGUUAUUUCAAUGCUUUACAUUAAAUGAUUCAUGUAUUAUACAGUUUAUUAUUCAUUUACGUAAGUCUUGCUUCUCACGGGCUAUUUUUGGGAGUAUGGACUUCGUAUAUAUUGCUCUGCUGUUGUAUCUGGAGUGCCUUUGCAUUUUUUUUUUUUCAUGAGAAAGUUGAACAGGUUCCAUUUAAAAAGAAACAUGUACAGUAGAGCUGACUGUGCACACUUUAUAUUUUUGGAGAUGCCUAUGCAUUUAUACUUAUUCAUUGUUUAAUAAACUUAAAAUUAUGCAAUCACUAAACGUGUUUUGUAUGCAUCUGGUUUAUGAAGUCACUUGAUUUCCAUUGAUGAUUGCCAACAGUGAGUCAGUCAUUGGCAAUAACGUAUUGCAGUACUGUGCUUGUACUCAUCUAAAUCGUGAAUAUUCAUAAAUAUCUGUAUACAUUAUGUGCACAUUGAGAAAUUCAGAAAAUGACUCCAUAAAUAAUUUUAAAACGUGUUUACUUCUUAAAAUAUCAAAAUUUGAAGUGCAAAUCAAACAUGCUUUAUACAUUUCUAUUACAAAUAGUUACUUUUGUACAGCUAAUAAUUAUGUUGGUGUUACAAAGACCUGAAGUGGUCCAAUGGCUUAGGAAAGGUUGUAAAAUGUUCAGUGUCACAAUGGUAUCAUUCUGGAUUUGAAGGUAACGCUUCUUGUUCUUAGCGGUUGGAUUGGUUGAUCGGUUUCCUCUAA